AUGGGCUACCACAGAGACCCAGGGCACACCUACAAGACCAUGUUCAACACAGUGUUCUACAAAUCGGAGUUGAAGGCGUUGGCCCAGGCCAGCCGCGGAGCAUUGAUAGUGCGGCUUGUCUUCACCAACCCUGGAAUGAAGGGUGCGGAGAUGGAUUCUGCGACUGCAGUGGCUUUCGAGCGGGCACGGCUUAUUUCGCCUCUCGGAGACAGUUUUGAGCACGACACGAUGUGGGGGUUCUAUGGAUGCAGCGACAAGAAGACAGACCUUGACUCCUGUGUAGACUCUGACGACGGAAUUCUUUUCGUCCCAGACUCUUCCACCGGCAACCUGGGCCUCAUGUACUGGAAAGGCUUGGGCGUGCGGCAGGACUACAGCAAAGCCGUGGAGCUCCUCGAGAAGUCUGCGGACCUCGGCAACUCUGUCGCCAUGUUCAACUUGGGAUCCAUAUACUAUGCGGGCGUCGGCGUCCAGAAGAAUCUCAGCAAAGCGCUGGCGUUUUAUCAGCAGGCUGCUGACCUUGGUGACGCCAACUCCAUGUUCAAGCUCGGCCAAAUGAACGAGGCCGAUGAAGGGGGGAAACAAAAUUACACCAAGGCAGCUGAAUGGUUCCAGAAAGCAGUGGACCUUGGUUGGGUGAAAGCCAUGGAGAGCCUGGCCAACAUGUACGAGCACGGCCGUGGCGUGCAGAAGAACCUCAGCAAAUCUGUGGAGCUGGAACACAAGGCUGCGGACUUUGGCAGCGCAACAGCCAUCCUCAACCUGGGGAGGAAGUACAACUUUGGUGAAGGCGUCGUGCAAAACGACAGCAAAGCUGCACAGCUCUACAAAAAGGCCGCGGACCUUGGUAGUGCCCAUGCCAUGCUCAACCUCGGACUUAUGUAUUACUUUGGUGAAGGUGUCCAGCAGAACUACACCAAGGCGGCUGAGUGGUUGCAGGAGGCAGCGGACCUUGGUCGGCUGGCAGCCAUGACUACCUUGGGCAGCAUGUACCAGCGCGGCCUUGGCGUGGAGACGAAUCACAGCAAAGCGGCACAGCUCUUCAGCAAGGCCGCGGACCUGGGUGAUGCAGUUGCCACGUUCAACCUGGGAAGUAUCUACGAGUUCGGACACGGCGUUGAGCAGAACGACAGCAAAGCCGCAGAGCUAUACAGAACAGCCGCGGACCUUGGUAAUGCCGCUGCCGUGUUCAGCCUCGGAAAUAUGUAUCACUUUGGUGGAGAAGGCGUCGAGCAGAAUGACAGUAAAGCUGCACAGCUCUACAAAAAGGCGGCGGACCUUGGCAAUGCCCACGCCAUGUUAAACCUUGGAAGUAUGUAUUCCCUUGGCCUGGGCGUCGAGCAGAACGACAGCAAAGAGGCACAGCUGUACAGAAAGGCAGCGGACCUGGGUGAUGCUGAGGCGAUGUUCAGGCUGGGCGUCAUGUAUUAUGAUGGCCGUGGGUUGCAGGAGAACCACACCAAAGCAGCCGAGUUCUACCAAAGGGCGGCAGACUUGGGCCAUGUCCAGGCCAUGCUCGAUUUGGGAGAGAUGUAUCACGAAGGUGAUGGUGUGCAGACAGACUCUGCCAAAUCUGCGGAGCUUUUCCACAAGGUGGAAGCUCUGCAAAACCUCCAGUAG